AUGAAGGCGUGGGCCGCCGCGAUUGACAGGCAGGUCCUGCUCCGCAACGCCGCGGAGAUUCAGCCCACGGAGAGCGUGUUUGACGCCCACCACAUCACGCAGAGUAAGCUCCUGCGGGUGCAACAACGUUUCCAGGAGCUCGUCGAGGAGAAGGCGAAGCUGGACGAAAAAUGCAGGGGCCUGAUGCAGCACGUGCGAACGUUGGAACUUACGUCGGCGGGUGUCAUAAAUUCUGCCGCCCGUGAAGCAGAGCUGGAGGCAAAGGUGGAGGAGCUGCAGAAACAGGUGCAGCAGAGCAUCACAAAGGAGAAGGAUUACUACAAGAGCCUUUACGAGGCCAAGCGCUUUGCGGAGGAGAACAAGGCUCUGAGGGAAGAGGUAGCGCAGUUGAAGGAGCAAGAGACACAGCGUGAAAAUGUGCUACGGAUGUUAAGAAAUGAUUACGCCGCACUCAAACAGGAGAACAACGUGGUUAGGCCAAAGCUGAACACGCUUAUCAGCGAACGGGAUCGCUGCGUCAAGGAUCUGCUUGCCGCCAAGGAUACGAUGGCGCGGAUGCAGGACACCAUCCUGGAGUACGAGGAUAAGUUGAAUCAAAUGCGGCGGACGCAGCGGGAAAGCGGCGGCGGAUCCGUUGGAGCGACGCAUUUCGAUGCAGUGGCGCUGGCGGACGACCCAGUUCGCGGACGUCGCGUUGGGAAAGGCGCUGUGGCCGCCCAACGCGAUGUCGCUGCUGCGUUGGAGGCUCCAGUCCCGAGUAGUCAGGCGUACACCAUCAAUCAGGCGCACGGCGAUCGAUUGUUGUACGCGACCUGCGCUGCGGAUAACGGAAAUUUGCUCGUCUCCGCUGGUGGAGAUCGCUUCAUCCGUCAUUGGGAGUACAGUACCGGGAAAGCGCUGCGCAGCCACCCGAGUACCGACGUGCCGCUCUGCGUGGACAGCAGCUCCCACUAUUUACUUGCUGGUUGCGCCGAUGGCGUCGCCCGGCUUUGGGAUAUGCGUACCCUGCGCAGCGUAGACCUGACGGGGCAUCGUGAGAAGGUGGUGGCGGCGUAUCUUUCCCAGUCAGCGCACACCGCCUUCACGGCGAGUUCGGAUCGCACCAUUAAGCUUUGGGAUGCUCGAAGCGGCGCAAGCCAGAGAACCAUCAUGUGUUCCAGCAGCUGCAAUGACAUCUGCGUGGGUGGCUCUCUCAUUUUUUCGGCGCACUACAACGGAAGCAUCUGGGUGUGGGACCGCCGCACAAAUGAUCACGGUACGGAGAUCAAGCACGCCCACCAGAAGGGUGUCACGUGUGUUCGCUUAGACCCCAGUGGUGAGCGGUGUGUGUCACUUGGGCGCGACGGCGCCGUCUGUGUGCGUGACGUGCGAGAGAUGUCCCACGAGCUUCUUCGCGUUGAGGACGAGGGGCUGCGCUGUUCCACAAACCUUGCCCGCCUUGCGGUAAGUCCGGACGGGAGGUUCUGCGCCUUGGGCAACCUGCACGGCGCAGUGCUCUUCAUUUCACUCGACACCGGUCAAUUGCUCGACGAGCAACUUGUGGGGGGGCAUACGAUGGCGGUUCACAGUGUCGUCUGGACCCUUUCUGACUCGACGCCGAUGCUUGCCUCCAUUGGCGAGGACAAGCGUAUCGUUGUGUGGAAGUAA